AUGUAUAGCUUUGAACUAAGGUACCUUCACGGAUUAAACGAUGGGAAAGCGCUGUCCUUUGUCCUUAUCAGCCCGGAUACCCACACUCCUGGUGGCUUAGUUUUAAGAACAACUACAGCAAGCGAGAUAAAGAACAGAAAAGACAGAUAUCCUCAGGUUAUAUUGUGUGAAGAUACCAAUCAGAGCUUGUAUAGUCAAUUACUUUGUGGCCUUGUGCAGCGAGAUGCGAUAGCAAGCAUUGGUACAUUUUUCGCCUCGGGUUUGUUAAGGAUAAUCAAAUUUUUUGAGGAACAUUGGCAAGAAAUGUCUUCCAACAUAAGAACUGGACAAAUGAGUGAUUGGAUCACUGACCCUAACUGCAAAAGGGCUGUCUCCUUGAUUUUGAGCAAACAAAUGCCAGAUUUGGCUGAUUCAAUUGAUCUUGUAUGCCAAGAAAAGUCUUGGGAAGGGAUAAUUAAGAAGAUCAAGCCAAGGACCAAGUAUGUCAUGGCCAUUAUUACAAGGUCCAUGGCACAAUAUAUCCCUGCGCUUGAGUUCUAUACGGGUGGAUUACCUCUAGUUUCAUCAGUUUAUGGUUCUUCAGAGGCAUUUUGUGGGAUUAACAUGAAACCUUUGUGCAGUCCUUAUGAUGUCUCGUAUACUUUUAUACCAAACAUGGCCUACUAUGAGUUCUUGCCAAUUGACAAUCAUCAAGAUCCAAACUGCACCAACAGGAAAGAUGCUCAUUUGAAAGAUCACAUUGUGGAUCUUGCUAAUGUUAAGAUUGGCCAGCAUUAUGAACUUCUUGUCAUGACCUUUACAGGUUUGUACAGGUACGGAAUGCGGGAUAUUGUCCUGGUGACAGGUUUUCACAAUUCCACUCCCCAAUUCAAAUUUGGACAAAGGACAAAUGUGGUUUUGAGUAUUCACACAGAUAAAACAACUGAACAAGACCUCCAGAAAGCAGUUGCAAUGGCAAUUCAGAUCCUUGAACCACUUGGCUUCUUUCUUUUGGAUUACAGUAGCUAUGAUGAUACAUCUUCUAUUCCUGGUCACUAUGUACUAUUUUGGGAGCUUCAACUCAGAUCAAACGAUGAUAUACCUGAACUUGAUCAGGUUAAAAUGGAAAAAUGCUGUAGUUUAGUGGAACAAUCUCUGGACCUGGAAUAUAAGAUGCUGAGGAAUCAGAGCAUCAGUACCAUUGGUCCUCUGGAAAUUAGAGUUGUGAAACAAGGAACAUUCAACGUGCUCAUGGACUUUUAUGUUUCUCAAGGAACUUCUUUAAACCAGUACAAGACACCUAAGAACAUAAAGUCUGAGAAAGCCAUUGAAAUUCUGGACUCCAGAGUAGUGGGAAAAUUUUACAGCAGAGAAGUGCCUAAUCAAGACUCGUAGCCUGUGGUCUUCAAGAAUCUUUUUGCAUAAUUCAUCCUAGG